UCUUCUUCUUCUUCAAAAACUUGGUCUCUCUUCUUUCUCAUCACCGUCGACUCCGUUUCUCAUUUUCCUCUCAAACUCAUAAAAACUUCAAUUUCUCUCUUCUUGUUUCACUGUGAAGCCACAAAACUAAAGAAGAAUCUGUAAAUGUUUUAGGUUUCUCCAACCUCUUAAAACUCUCAAAUCUCUUCUUCCUUUGCUUUCCGCGGUGGCUACUUCUGGCGUUCUUGGUCCAGUGGACCGUGGUGGUGUUACUGAAUCUCGUAGCGAGACGCAAGAGACUGGUUUGUUAACCGGACAAAGUGUUGUUGUUGAGACUCCAUUGAUGACGCCUUCUAAUUCUUUGUCCAGUAGUAGUGAACGCUCUCUCUCAGGUGAGUGUUCGGUUGAUGGAAACUCUGAUGAUAGGGGUAAUGAAGAUGAGUGUUCAAGUCAUACUAGUCAAGAAGAUGUGGAGUGUACCAAGGAGCACAAGGUGGAGCGUUUAGAGCGUAAGUCCAAGAGUAUGCCGAGUGAUAUUCUUAACAUUUUGGAUGAGAAGGCGAAAGAAGACGGUGUUGAGAAUGUGCAAUUCUUGUCGGAUCGCGAAGAUGAUAGUGAUGUUCCGGUUUGGGAGCCUCCUGAACCGGAAAAUCCUGAAGAUGAAGAAGACGGAGUUUUUGCUGACGAUGAUGAUGAUUGCUGUGAUGGUUCUGAGUGGAGCAAAGCAAGUUUGUUAGGGGAUUCUAAAGAUGAAGCUAGUGAGAAGAAAUGGUUUUAUGAAGAAACCCAGAGAGUAAUGCUUGAGGAGGCACAUUCAAAGUUUAAGUUCAUUGUGAGUCAACUUAUUAAGUCGGCUGGGUUCUCUAUGGAAGAAGGUGAAUACUGGCUCGAGAUUGUUGCUAGGUUGUGUUGGGAGGCUGCUUCACUACUGAAGCCAGCUAUUGAUGGCAAAGCAGUUGAUCCAACUGAGUACAUCAAAGUGAAAUGCAUCGCAACUGGUUCUUUCAAUGACAGUCAAGUUUUCAAAGGCUUGGUUUUCAAAAAGCAUGCUGCUCUCAAACACAUGGCAACUAAGUAUGAGUAUCCUAGUAUAAUGUUAGUCGAAGGAGUACUGGGACAUCCAAUAAGUGGAUUUUCUUCUCUCCAAUCAGUGAAUCAGGACGAAGGUUAUCAAGUGAAGUACGUGAAGCCUGUUGUUGAUAUCAUAGAUGCUACCAAGCCUGAUGUCAUGCUAGUGGAAAAGUCUGUUUCACGUGAUAUCCAAAAGUCGAUUCUUGAUAAAGGGGUCACUCUGGUGUUUGACAUGAAGCUCCACCGUCUACAGAGAAUUUCUCGAUGUAUUGGUUCACCAAUUUUUUCAGUUCACUCUCUGUCUGGUCAGAAGCUAAAGCACUGUGAGUCCUUCCGCAUUGAGAAGAUUGUCGAGGAGCAUAAUGCUGUGGGUGAAGCCGAGAAGAAGCCAACUAAGACGCUGAUGUUUUUAGAGGGUUGCCCUACCCGACUUGGCUGCACGAUUUUACUUAAAGGAUGCCACAGCGAUAGGUUGAAAAAGGUCAAAGAAGUAGUACAAUAUUCAUUUAUCCUGGCAUAUCAUCUAAUGCUGGAGGCUUCUUUCCUGGCUGAUCGGUAUACAAUGUUCUCAACCAUCUUUACAAAGGAAGCUGCAUCAUGUGUUAUGCAAAUAGAAAAGUUUCCACUAUCCCCUUCUCCUGGUGAAUCUGCCUUUGAAACAGUUGAUAUUCCUUUGUCUAAUGGAUUCGAUGAACGAUCUAUUCUGAUAAAUGGGAAUGCAGAUGGUGAGAAAGAUGAGAACAGGGAACCAAAUGGAGAUCAUGUCUUCUCUCACGAGCCAUAUAAUCCAGUUAUUUUCACUGGUUUCUCAACUUUGUCUGCCAAAUUAAGUAAAUAUUUAGGCUUUGUUCAAAAUCAGGAGUCAGUUCCAGUUUCUGUGGAUACAAAUGUAUCAAAUAUCAGCAAUCUUGAUACGAUAAGGGAAUCUGUGGAAGAUACUGAAGAAAAGGAUGAGACUAAACAGUCUGUGUCACUUGAUCCUGAGAUCCCAGUAAAUGUGAGUUCAGAUGAUGGAGACAGAUCACAAACAGAGAAUGAUAUUGAGAGCACCUUGGAGUCUCAGAGUAUAUUGGUUCUAGUGUCUAAGAGGAAUUCCCUCAGGGGGAUAAUGUGUGACCAAAGGCAUUUUUCACACAUUAAGUUUUACAAGCACUUCGAUGUUCCCUUGGAAAGAUUCCUGCGCGAUAUGUUUAAUCAGAAAAACCUAUGCCAAACGUGCGAGGGAAUACCGGAAGCACAUCUUUACUAUUAUGCUCAUAACAAUAAGCAACUAACAGUCGAAGUCAAGCGAAUUCCUUUAACAAAAUGUCUAUCUGGUGAGGCAAAAGGAAAAAUCUGGAUGUGGAGCCGUUGUGGAAAGUGUAAAACAAAGAAUGUGUCUCGGAGAUCCACAAAAAGAGUGCUGAUAUCGACUGCUGCUCGUAGCUUGUCAUUUGGAAAGUUUUUGGAGCUCAGUUUUUCUCAGCAAACUUUUCUGAACAGAUCGUCUAGCUGUGGACACUCUUUCGACAGGGACUUCCUUCACUUCUUUGGAUUAGGCUCCAUGGUUGCUAUUCUCAGUUACUCCCAAGUCACAUCCUACACAGUGUCUCUGCCACCCAUGAAGCUGGUAUCUAGCGUUUUGAUAAAAGCGGGUUGGCUUGAGAAAGAAUUUCAAGGAGUAUUUACUAAAGGGAUCUCCUUGUUCGAGGACGCUGGUGGUUUUCUAAAGAGACUAAGAUCGCAAUUCAAAAAUUCAGAUCCCAGCUAUCAGUGUGCACAUAAACUCCUUUCUAACAUUGAGGAGUUGCUGGAUCACGAGCGUCGCGUAUUUGAGGAAAACAUCAGGAACUCGUUUGACAAGGCGAAAACCAUAGAUGAUGUUUCGCACAGACUGCUCCGCUUAAACCGCAUGAGGUGGGAGCUUCUGCUUCAAGCUCUCAUCUGGAACUACCGGUUGCAGUCGCUGGUUUUGUCUAAUCGUUUGCUACCUUCAAAUGAUGAGAAGAAGAUAAGUGAACAAGGUGUGAAGACUGUUUCAGAGGCUGGAAUGGCCAGAUAUGAAAAUGAUGACAAAUCAUCUGAUUCUGGUAGCAAUGAAGUCAUGGACACUCCAAUUGUUGAAGAUAAGGAAAUACCAGUCGUUGGUGCGUCUGUUGGGGACAGUAGUCAAGUGGAAGAAUCGUAUGUGCCUGAAGACAGUGAAUUGCAAACUUUGAGCAGCUCCAUGCCCGAGAAAACAUCUCCCAACAACAAUCAUUUUGACACCCAUUUGGCUGUUAGUAUCCAUUCAACCAAUGAACAGGAAGAAGAUAAAUCAGUUCCAAUUACUGGAGAUUCACUGGAUGGCGAGGUUGCUUCUGCCUCUAAUGGGCCACACAUAGUAGGUUGGGAUGAAUGGUUUUGGCUUCCAUUUGAAGAGCUACGCUCGAAGCGCAUUGUCGAUGUUGAGAAGGAAUACUUGUUGAAAUUUGAGUAUGUAAACAAUUUCACCCAAGAAAACCUUCAGACGGUGAACCAGAUAAUCACUGAGGAAGGUUCACGUUUGCGCAUCUCUUUGAGGGAUGAUGAUUUUAUUGUGUCAGACUAUGAAGACGAGCUCUCCAGCCUGAUCGCUUGUGCGCUUGCCCACCUGAACAUUGAUGAGAACAAAUUGCCUCUGUCAAGGUGUAUACAUGGGUCUCUUGAAGGGUUCUUAGAUAAAGAUCAAGAUUCUAAGCAAACUGCUGACCGUGAGGCUUCCCGUUUCGGGAGUGAGAGUACACAUCGGUUGGAAACACUACCCCCUCCGGAGGUCCUUGUUACUUUUGGGUCACUCAAAUCAAUUGGAAAACCCAAAUACUCUAUCGUGUCCCUGUAUGCAGAUGAUUUCCGUGACCUCAGAAGACGCUGUUGCUCAUCAGAGCUUGAUUAUAUAGCUUCACUAAGUCGCUGUAAGCCGUGGGAUGCCAAGGGUGGUAAGAGCAAAUCUGUGUUUGCUAAGACUUUGGAUGAUAGGUUCAUCGUAAAAGAGAUCAAGAAGACAGAGUACGAAUCAUUUGUGACAUUUGCUCCGGAGUAUUUCAAAUACAUGAAGGACUCUUAUGAUCUAGGCAACCAAACUUGUCUUGCCAAAGUUCUUGGGAUCCAUCAGGUAACCGUAAGGCAGCCAAAGGGUGGAGGGAAAGAGAUACGACACGACCUGAUGGUCAUGGAGAAUCUUAGUUUUGGCAGGAAAAUAACUCGUCAGUACGAUCUCAAAGGCGCUCUGCAUGCUCGGUUUACAACCACUUCUGCUCAUGGCGCAGAUGAUGUUCUAUUGGAUCAGAACUUUGUCAACGACAUGAACAAAUCCCCGCUUUACGUUAGCAAAACAUCAAAACAAAAUCUCCAAAGAGCGGUUUAUAACGACACCAGCUUCCUAACGAGCAUAAACGUUAUGGACUACUCGUUGCUAGUUGGAGUUGAUGAUGAGGAUCAUGAGCUAGUGUGUGGAAUCAUCGACUAUCUAAGACAAUACACAUGGGACAAGCAACUAGAGACGUGGGUGAAAUCGUCUUUGGUGGUGCCAAAGAAUGUGCAGCCGACAGUGAUCAGCCCGAUUGAUUACAAGACGAGGUUCAGGAAAUUCAUGAAGACGCAUUUCUUAUGCGUCCCUGACCAGUGGUGCGACCAAGGAGACUCUUGAGGACAAGAAGUAUAUGAUUUAUAGUUUGGGGACAGAUGAUAUUUGAUUAUACCCGGUCUAAAUCGCCCAUCCUCUACAUGAUGACCAAAAAAAAAAAAAAUCUAUUAUGAUUCUUUUAUUUGAUUAUAGCUUCACUUGUGUAUAUAGAGACAAGUCCAGUUUCUAUUUACCCCGUCAUUGUGCAGUUUUUUAGCAAGUUUAUGGGGUGGAUUUAGCGAUUGAAUUGUCUCUGCCUUUGUUUUUAUCCAUUUCAUUGAAAGGCAGAUUCAAGCAAGUGAAGUUUGUACCUAAAAAAAAAGUCAGUUUGUGGCAUAUGAAAGUGUUGUUUUUGUAUUAAAAAGAAGAAGAAAAAAAAGUGAUUAUUGUUA